AAAAUCAGAGUUUAUUAUACAACCUUUGAUCUAUUGUGUGUCAGGACAGGUGUGUGUAUCACCCAGACUAUGAUCUCAGCUGAGAAACACACACGAAGAACACUUCACAGAGACAACAUGUUCAGAAUUUCUGUGUUGAUCUGCAUCUCUCUACUGGUUUAUGGCAACUCAGCCAAGCCAUACAAGUCCUGGGUACGUACUGUAGACUGCAUAAAUAUAACAUUACUUCAAUGUAUGUACUCGCCUCCCUUAAGUGUACUAUGUACUAUUAUUCUCCUAUGUACCAGUCUUCUGUUCUCGCUCUUGCAGGAUAAAGUGGCUGAGUAUGCAGUCCAGGAGACUCUGAUGUCUGAAAAGGAGAGGGUGAUGUUUGAUCUGGGGCUGAAGCAGGUGGAGGCUCCUGAAGACAUGGACAUCACUAACAAUGACAUCCACCCUGUCAUGGCCAUCUGGAAGAACAUGAGAGGGGGAGGUGGGAAGAGACAGAAGGUAGAAAAAGAGGUAGUCCAAGGCAGAUACUCCACAACCGAGGAGGACAUGGACCAUCUAUACCACCCAUCCAUGGAGCAGACCCACGAGGCUGACCUGGCCAGAGCCCGAUCUCAGCCAGAGGACACCUUCGUUCGGAUGGCCAUCCAGACAGAGCCCCUUGAGGAGGAUAACACCAAGUACUACCAGGAGGCUGGGAUAGAUCUAGAUAACAUCUCUCAUCUCUUCUCAGGCCAGGUGGAUCCACGGCACCCUGAAGAGGACUGGGACGAACUCUACCAUCCAGAGAUGAAAAGGGGAGACGGGCAGUACCAAGUGGACGUGCCUCACCAGGGGGAGCUAGCUGCUGUAGGGGCAGAGGUGAAGGGUCAUAGUGAGCCAGAGGAAGACAGGGAUGACCUCUACCAUGGUGACCUGCCUGUACCUGUACCUGGCCAGGACAGGCAGCAGUCUGCCGAUCGGCCCUCUCAGAGGAUGUACAGAGAACCAGAAGAGGACCUGGAUGACCUCUAUCAUCAUUAAUUAAACACCUAAGACCCAUGAUAUCUGCCCCCUAACUGACUGUCAACUCUACAGUCAGAUACAGCUCUACUGCAUCCAAUCAAAUACAGUUAAAAGCUGUACAUACAGCAAUGGGUUAAAUGCACAUCGGAGUGACUCUAUAGAAGUCUAUAAACUAACACUGUAUGGAUCUAACCGUUUAUUAUGUUUAAUAACCAGUACUGUAUAAGUUGAUCUUCUAAAACAUUAAAGACACUUGUAACCUCUA